GACUUUACCGUGUCGAGAACGCCCCAGAGAGACAGUCUUGAGAAAAAAGAGAAUCGAGCGAAAGAGAUUCGAGAGUUUAUACACACACACACCACACACUCCGUCGCGUCUUAGUUUUCGCCUUGAGACAACAAUUUCCUUAAAUGCAGCAUUAAGCAAAUACUAAAACCCCAAAGCCAAAAACGACGAAACUUUUUUUUGCCAGUGAAAAACGGUUUUUGCGAGAGCGGGCAACAUUGCCGGCUCGCAAGAAAGUGCAGUGCAAAGUACCGUACAACGAACACAACACAACAAAACAAAACACAAGGAUUACAACAUUGGAUUACAACCGCAGCAGCAGCAGCAGCAGCAGCAGAAGCGGCAGCAGGAGCAGAGUUUUUUUUUUGUUGGAGAAACAACCGAAAGAUAAGAUGCAUCUACCGAAUGGUCCCACAAUGGUGGCCAACAGCACCGCUGUGGCACACACACAAGUGCUGGCAGCGGCAGCCGCAGCGGCCGCAGCGGCGGCUGUGGUAAACUCCGGCUCGAGCGGCUCCUCCUCGAUGGCACAGAGCACAUCGCUGGCCAACACCAGCACCCACUCGGCCAGCAGCAGCACCGGCAGCUCCACGCCCGACAUCAGUGCCACCGCCAACACCACCGCCAACAGCAGCAGCAGCAGCACCGCCAAUAGCACGGCGAACAACAGCGGCAACUCCGCCAAAAUGCCCAGCUCCAUGACGGACAUGUUCGCCAGCCUACACGAGAUGCUGCAGGAGUACCACGGCGAGCUGGCCCAGACCGGCUCACCCUCGAUCCUGUGCAGCGCCCUGCCCAACCACUGGCGCUCCAACAAGUCGCUGCCGGGUGCCUUCAAGGUGAUCGCCCUGGACGACGUGCCCGACGGCACACUGGUGUCGAUCAAGUGCGGUAACGAUGAGAACUACUGCGGGGAGCUGCGCAACUGCACCACCACGAUGAAGAACCAGGUGGCCAAGUUCAAUGAUCUGCGCUUCGUGGGACGCUCCGGUCGGGGCAAGUCCUUCACGCUGACCAUCACAAUCGCCACAUAUCCAGUGCAGAUAGCCAGCUACAGCAAGGCCAUCAAGGUGACGGUCGACGGGCCGCGGGAGCCAAGAAGUAAGCAAAGCUAUGGCUAUCCACAUCCUGGCGCCUUUAACCCCUUCAUGCUGAACCCCGCCUGGCUGGAUGCCGCCUACAUGACCUACGGCUAUGCGGACUACUUCCGCCACCAGGCCGCCGCUCAGGCAGCCGUGCACCAUCCGGCCCUGUCCAAGGCCUCGCCCUCGAGCAGCUCCAGCAUUGUGUCGCCCAGCGCCAGAGACGCGGCCUCCAGUGGUGUGGCUGGCGGCGCCAGUGCUGCGGGACCCGCCGACUACCAUCAUGUGUCGCAGAUCACGCCGCCUCCGUCCGGGGCCCCAACGGCCGCUGGCCAACCGGCUGCCAUGAUGCCCUCGCCGCCAGGAGCCGCUCCGGCCGCAGCCUACGCCAUGCCCCAGUUCCCGUUCAAUCAUGUGGCCGCCGCCGCCGCGGCAGCAGCCCAGCAGCAGCAGCACCAUGCCAAGUCCACGCCUCACGCCUUCCAUCCGUACAACUUUGCCGCCGCCGCGGGUCUGCGCGCGCGCAAUGCGGCAGCGGCUGUCCUGCACCACGGCGGAGACGCCACCGGCAUCAGCCACAUCAGUCCGGCCUCGUCGCGCCCCUCCAGCUCCUCGCCCACUCAGCAGCACGUGCUCCUCAAGCUGAACACCUCCAUCGAGACGAGCUCCAUCCACGAGCAGUCCGCCUCCGAUGCCGACUCCGAUGACGAGCAGAUCGAUGUGGUGAAGUCAGAGUACGACCUGGACAAGUCCAUCGACUCCAGCCGCAGCUCUCCGCUCGCCCAGCACAUCUCCGUGCCCCUCCGCAUGCGCUGCGACCUCAAGGCGCCCUCCGCCCUCAAGCCCCUCUUCCACGAGAGUGCGGCGGCGGCUGCCACCACCCGACAGGCAUCGCCGGAGACCACGCUGCCGGCGGCCACCAAGCUGAAGAAUUCCGCUGUCCAGCAGAAGACCGUGUGGAGGCCCUACUAAGUGGUGGCAGCAGGAAGGUGGAUCCCUCUCAGGAUCCACGACAAAAGUGAUACGAACAUGUGACUGGAGUGGAGUGGAGUGGAGUGAACAGGGCAGUGGAUGGGAGAGGAGAAGCAGCGCAGAGCGGCAAGCAAA